AUGCUACGGUCACAACUGUCUCAGUCCACCGUGAUGACUUCAGCCAGUGAAAAGCUACAAGCUGGCUCCACUCCAACGCAUGCACGAGACUUACACCGCAAGCUUCUCGAGCGAGUACUUCUCCGCAGUGACACAAAAAGCGUCAAGGAUGUUUUCCGGCGGUAUGACAGAGAACGAGCUGGUGUGUUGACACUGCAGCAAUUCCGAGCUUUAGUGCGGGACCACGAUUUCUCAGACACUGACGCAGACUUGUUGUUACAUCAUUUGGACGUUCAAGAGCAAAGUGUGUCGUUUCACGCUUUCAUGGGCGAGGAAUUACUGAGUGUAGAACAAAAUUAUUCGUCAAGGAAGAGCAAUUCUCCCAAAAAAGUACAGCAACUCGCUCAAUUCCCGGAACAAAAGAAGGUUUUGAGCAAUAAAAAAGCAAAUAAAGUAGCCGUUCACAGUGACACGUUGGCAGUACAGGAUCCGAUGGAAGCUAUACGCACAAAAUUACGUCAACGAGUCAUGGGACACGAUAAAUCGAUUCGAGAAAUUUUUAUGGAAUAUGACAGCGAUGGAAGUGGCUUUCUUGACUACGAAGAGUUUGACCGCUUUAUGGCAAAGUAUGGGUUUGCACCAAGCGAAACUAAAAUCAUUAUUGACUACCUUGAUCGAGAUCACUCUGGAACAGUUGACUACGACGAAUUUGCCUCCGGGCUGUUAUUUUACCGACCACCUCUACCGAUUUCUAUAGCUCCCGCGCAGACUGUAGCACUGCCUUUAUCAUUGACAACUAUCGAAAAUGCACAGAAAAUGCAGCGACAAAUUGGACUAGAUUUAUCGAGGCGAGACGAUAAAAAAAUAUGUAAGGAGGCAGAUAUACAACAAAUCUUAGAGACCGUGCAGAAUAAGUUUAAAGACGUGUUUAGAAGAUCGAAGCAGCCAACUGAUGGAUUUGUUGAAUUACGGGCAGAAUUUGAUCGCUUUGACGUGGACGGCAGCAAAAGUCUGGACCACCAAGAGUUUGGGGCACUUUUGAUUGGAAUCGGCAUCAAGCUAAAGGUGGCUGAGCUCUCCGCAUUAUUGCAAGUGAUUGAUCCUGAUGGAGAGGAAAAGAUACAAUUCUAUACCAUCAAGCGUCUACUUUGUUUUCAGGAACCAAGCAAUAGGGGGCUAGAACAGCAGCAGAGUGGGCCUAUGAAAUUCGAUAGUGAGAAUAUCGUAAAGUCAGCAAAUUAUGUUUGCGAAGGGGUGGAGGAACAGGAGAAGGACCGUCUUCGACGCCUACAAUAUGAAAAUAGCGUUGGCAUUGAUAGAAAAAUCAAUAUCAUGAAUGAAAAUCUGGAUGGAGAUAAGAGGGCGGUUACAAAUUACUCAAGAUUUGCCCAAGAAUUUUCCGACCAGGUCGAACCUUCCGUUGAUUUGCCUCCACGUUCUCAAGCUUUCAAUGGCCUGUACAAUUUCCACGAAAACGGAAAAGCUGACUUAAAUGACAUUCGACAACAUUUGAAUGGGUAUGAUUCUAAGAAAAUUGAUGCUGUCGACUCAUUACAUGUUCAAACCAAAUUCGACGAAAAUGGGGCGAUAAGCUUGCAAGAAGCUACACAUGGGUUUGCUCAAACGGAAAAACCUUCACGAACGCCAGAUAGCGAUGAAGUGGCUAUUUCCAAAAAGCUCAAAGAUUAUCUUGGACAAGCUAAAUUAAACGAAUUUGGACGUAUGAUGCAAGGAUCCACAAACAAUAUAAAUGGAAGGACCGAAGACAAAGAUGAUAUCAACUCUGGUAGCUUUGAAGAAUCUACUCGCGUGUACGAUCUUAGUAGGGGAUCAGCUCAUAAAACCACUUCGUUACGCCAGUCACCUGACCGCCGCACUGAAGGUAUAGGCCUCGAUGACUCACGACUUGACAAAAAGAUGAGGCAAACUUUGCAAGUAAGUCCGAAUAUAAAUAAAAUGGGUCGAUUAGCGGCGCAACAGGAUCAAGAGAUGCAGUUCAUGGAGCGAGUGCUUGAGAGACAUCAUUCUAUUGAAAGCGCCUUCCGGGAAUUUGAUCCCGAUGUCCAAAAUAAAUUGAACUUUGAGCAGGUAGGUGCAUUCAUGGCCCGCUACGGGAUGACAGACAAGGAACAUAUAUCAAUGCUACUGAAGCGUUUGGACAUAAAUAAUUCUGGAACGAUAAAACUUCAAGAUUUCUUGUCAGUCUUUGAUGUCCGACGUUUGGCUCUUAUUGAAGGAGAGUCUACUCGCCACGAAGAGAAGAAUUUGAAAGGUCUUGCUCAGAACGAAGGGAAGAUUACAAAAAGUGGAGCUCGCGAUGGUAAAUACCAAAAAAAUGGUGAGAAUCGUGUGAGUCCGCAUGUGAUCAAGCGAGGCGCCAAGUUAGGUACGACCAGUAAUCCAUCAGCAUCUGAUACCAAAGCGACAAAUAGAUCGGCAAAUGUUGCUCGAUUACGGAAGCUCGAAGAGAAAUGGAUUCGCAGGGCGCUAGCUAGGCAUGAGCUAUUAUCAUCAGUCUUUGAUAUAGCGGAUCAUGAUAAGGACGGUAAAAUUACCCGUGAUGAAUUUCGGAAACUAAUGAAUCUGUAUGGUGUUCAAGAUGAAGAAGAUGUUGUUGCGCUGAUGAAGAAGCUAGGCGUUGAUGGAGACGGUUGCAUCAACUAUAAGGAUUUUGCGAAAACUUUUAAUGAGACGCGAGUGGCAAAUUUCACUGCUUCAACUCCGGAAGUUAUUAUCAGUCCAACUGCCUCGCCGAUAGAUACGAAGCAUGCUCAAGGUGCACGCCUUCAAGGACUUCAAAUCAAGUGGAUAAAGCGUGUGUUAAGUUGUCACGAUUCAAUUGAAUCGGCCUUUUACCAGUACGAUAAAGAUGGUAGUGGCGAGUUGAAUCACGAAGAAUUCCAUUAUUUUAUGACAAGAUACGGUAUUGUCAGGAACGAAGAUAUCUCCGCCUUGAUUAGACGUCUUGAUACGGAUGGAUCAGGAACGAUCUCACUCAAGGAAUUCUCGCUAAUAUUCAACUCAUUGCGAGUCAGUUCCGGCAUGACAAAUGAGGGAAUGAGGACAAUAGCUGCUGGUUUGGAAGAGAUUACUGACCCAGAAGAAAUUGAAUCCAUUUUGGAAAUAGAACGCGAACUUGCUCAGAGGAUGGCACACCAAACUCGUGAUCUACGCUUAGCGUUUCGCAAGAUCGACACAAAUGGCAACGGGUUGCUUGAAUACAAAGAAUUUCGAACAGUAUUGAAGCUCUACCGACUCCCCGAAAUGGAAAUUCGUAAAGUUAUCCGUCAUUUGGACCGUAAUGUAUCGGGAUUCAUUGAUUAUAAGCAAUUUGUCGCUGGAUUUAGUGCAUUCAAGGAAAACGGAAGUAGUGUGCCAGCAGCUCAGAAAAAAAAAGUUAAACUUCGAUCUCCUCAAAAAGGGUAA